GCAAAUUUAGUUAUUAGUAAAGCUGAAGUGAAUGAGGGGACUGCUCGAAAAAAAUUAAAACCUCGGGCUCGUGGGCGUAGUUAUCCAAUAAAAAGACCGACCUGCCAUAUCAGUAUUGUACUAAAAGAUAUUUCAUUCAAUGAUUCUGAAUCUGUGGAGCUCGGUUUGCUAAAAAAAACCACAAGCGAAAAAAAAUUCUAGAACUAAAGCAUAUUCUGAUAUCCAGAAUAGGAGGUAUUUAUGGGACAAAAAAUAAAUCCACUUGGUUUCAGACUUGGUACAAACCCAGGCCCAUUAUUCACUUUGGUUUUCAAAACCAAAAACGUAUGCUGAAAAUCUGCAAGAAGAUCAAAAGAUAAGAGCUUUUAUCAAAAAUUAUGUACAAAAAAAUAGAAUCAAACCCUCGGCUACCGAGGGAAUUGCAAGUAUAUAUAUUAAAAAAAGACUCGAUCUAAUCCAAGUCAUAAUAUAUAUGGGAUUUCCAAAAAUAUUUAUGGAAAAUAGCCCACAGGGAGUUGAAGAAUUACAAAAAGCUCUACAAAAAAAAUUAAAUUUUGUAAACCGAAAACUGAAUAUUGCUAUCACAAAAAUUGAAAAACCGUAUGGAAAUCCUAAUAUUCUUGCCGAAUUUAUAGCUGGACAAUUAAAGAAUAGAGUUUCCUUUCGAAAAGCAAUGAAAAAAGCUAUUGAAUUAGCUGAACAAGCAGAUACAAAAGGAAUUCAAGUACAAAUUGCGGGACGCCUUGACGGAAAGGAAAUUGCACGUGUGGAAUGGAUAAGAGAAGGAAGAGUUCCCCGACAAACUAUUCAAGCUAAAAUGGAUUAUUGUUGUUAUUCAGUUCGAACUAUCUACGGGGUUUUAGGCAUAAAAAUUUGGAUAUUUUUUGAUGAAGCUCAAUAAAAUUUUAUUCAUUCUUUUUACCUGUAAUACCAAGCGGCCCAUUUCACAAAUUAUUUUGUGUAAUGAGCAGGAACAGUUCUAAUUGAUUUCUAAUUGAUAAUAAUGAAUUCUAUAAGGUUGAAUAAAAAUUUUAUUUAUUUUUUAAUAAAAAUAUCAUUGCUAUGCUUAGUGUGCGACUCGUUCAUUUUUUAAGGUUAGCAUGAAACCAAACCCAAAGUAACAACUACUCACUCGAGAAGAAAUUACCUAAUAACUAACUCAUCAAUUUCGCAUUAUCUGGAUCUAAAUAACCAGUCAUGAUAUGAUUAGCGCUCAUAUCGUUGUAGCAAUUGCCAUUUAUUUGCAUAAACAAAAAUUAUUCAAAUAUUAUUGAAGUUGCCAAGCAAGAUAUAAAAAAGAUGUAGAUAAUUGGAAGGGAGAGAGAAAGGAAGAAAAAUAAGCUCAAUGAUUGAAAAUUCCAAUAUGUAGGGUCUAACAAAAUAGGCAAUGUAAUGAAGCAUUAAUACUUAAAUUCUGCAUAUUCAAGUAUUUGAAAUAGAAUAAAAAAUCUAAGAAUAUUCAAUAAUAAAAAACAAUAUACUCUUAUUAUAGAAAUUAAAUUAUAGAAUAGAUAAUUAUUAGAUAAAUUUAAAGUAAAGAGCUUAAAGCCAAUAAAGACUAAGAAAAAUGGCUCAAGACUCAAAUUAUUCAUAUAUUACUAUUUGAGCUCCAUUGUAAAAUUAGGACCUAACCAUUAAGUAAGAAGUGAUGGGGACGACGGAACUUAUGAAUAAAAAAGAUUCAAUUUAAGAUUAAAUAAAAAAAAAUCUUAAAUAUUCACUGGCUGGGAUGGCGAAAUAAACCAAUGUUAAAUUAUUUGAUUUCUAGAUAGUAGCUAGAAGAUGUAACAGGCUCGUCCUAGAAAUGAAAUCUAAAUUGACAGAGUCAAUAUUCGCCCGCGAAAACUUUUUGCAAAAGAAUCAAAAAGCAAUAUAAAGACAAUAUUCAAGAAUAGUCAAAAAGAAGGAUUAGUUAGACUCAGAGAAUCAUGAAAAAAGUGUAGAAUAAGUCAUUUUAUUUCAAAUAGAUUGAAAAAAAAUAUCACUCAAUUCCUAAAUAUUAUUUGGACUUCUCAGUCCAUAUUAUUAUUAUAGAUCUUAUUAUCUAUAUUUAGAUUUGUAGUAUUUAUCUUAGUAUCUAUCUUUAGAUUGAAGAUUUAGAUAUCUUCACUAUGAUUAAUCAAUUUUAGUCAAAAGCUCAUUUUGUAAAUCCUUUAUUCGUAAUUCGCGAGGAGCUGGAUGAGAAGAAACUCUCACGUCCGGUUCUGUAGUAGAGAUGUAAUAAAUAAAAAUCCAUCAACUAUAACCCCAAAAGAACCAGAUUCCGUAAACAACAUAGAGG